GCAUGCUUUGACAUCAUGCAUUGCAUAAAAAUGAGCUGCAGCCGCAUGUUCAUGCAGGACAGAGGAUGUAAUGACGGUUUGGGAUUGCUGAGCGUUGGCGGCAUCUCCUCUUGUGAAAGCCAAAUCGUCCGCAGUCCUCCGAUGUCCAGAACAUCCCUCCAUACAUCCUACAAGGCUCUAGAAGCAGCAGGGCCUUCAGAAAGCAUGGAUUUCUGUAGUGACCACGAAGUGUCUUCUAUCGAGUCUACAUCUCUAGGAGUGUCACCUGCAGACUCUGUGGACAGCAGUACAGAAAUCCAUGUCAGUCUAAGGAAGAAAGUGAAGAACAGGAUCUGCUCAUUCUUCAAGAGGACAUGGAAUGCUAUAAAGCGUCCUUCGUUCAGUGUUGAAACACUGACAGAGCCGUUUACGCCUCCGUCAAAUGACACAGAUCUAGACGGUGCAGAUUCAGCACGUCUUGCGGAUCCUAGGCUGGCUGAAUGGAGCUUUGACAGUGCCAACAACCCCUUUGAAGGAGGACGUGACAAUAGCCUGGAACUGUUAAGCAUUAGCAGUGAGGAACGAAGUUGGUCUCGGCAGAGUGGCCCUGCUAGAGAAGAGUGCGCAUGUUCUGAUCGUGAGAACACGUACGCAACAGAGUCUUCCAUGAGCCUGAAGGAGCCGAGUGACGAAAGGCGCCUUCUGUGGAGAACAGCACAGGUAAGACCGAAAGUACAGUAA